GAGACCGACACAGGGCAGGUGUGGGGAAGAUACAGAGCAGGGUAGAGCUCAUGAGGGCUGGUGAGAGGAGGAGCUCAUGAAUACAGGAGGAGAAAACACAGGGAAACCAGAAAACCAAAAACACAAUACCCUAAGCUAACCAACAAAGGCAGUCCUUCAAACCCACCACCCAAAUUAUAACAAGCAAAACCAUAUUACCAGAAAGACUUGACAACAGAAGCGUAACACAUGGAACCCCAAAGAACACAAAAACGCAAAGAGUCCAAAAAUCAAACAGAAAGUCCAGGCAGGAUGUGACAAUGUCUUGUUUGAAAUUGUCAAGAGAUGCGGAUAUAUUGACAGCGUGACUUGAACUGUGGCACCAUCAAGUUCGUCUUCAUCUCGCGGAGAACAAAUGGCAGCUUGUGUGGGAAUAUGGUUGGUGUUACAUUGCUGAAGCAACAGAGGCAGGCACCGUCAGAGGUGAAGAGAGCACGAUAGGAGUCCUCCCAGAAGGCAGGGGGCAGCGGCAGGCAUGCAGGACUCAGCCUCGGACAGCAAGAUGGCCAAACAGGAACAGAACUCCAAACAUCUGGACGAACACAAAGAAACAGAUGACAUGUCUGAGAAGAUGUCCCCAAACAAGAAUCUCAAAUCUCCUCAAAAAGGCUCCAAACGACUUAAAACCGCUCCCUUCAAAGUGACCCUGCUGGACUCAUCCGAGUUCGAAGCAGAAGUUGAGAAACACUCCAAAGGACAGACCCUGAUGGACAUGGUGUGUGAGCAUCUCAACCUGCUUGAGAAGGACUACUAUGGUUUGACUUUUGCCGACACAGACACACAAAAGAACUGGUUGGACCCCUCCAAGGAGAUCAAAAAACAGAUGCGCAACUCUCCAUGGCACUUUGCCUUCGCUGUCAAGUUCUACCCUCCAGACCCCUCCCAGCUCACUGAGGAUAUUACCAGAUACUACCUGUGUCUGCAGCUGAGGGAUGACAUGCUGUCAGGUCGACUGCCGUGCUCAUUCGUCACUCACGCCCUCCUGGGCUCCUACACCGUUCAAGCCGAGCUGGGCGACUAUGACCAGGACGACCAUGGCUCCGACUAUGUCAGCGAUUUUCGCUUUGCCCCCAAUCAGACUCGCGAGCUGGAGGAGAGGGUGAUGGAGCUCCAUCGAAACUACAAGGGUAUGACUCCAGCAGAGGCUGAAAUUAACUUCUUGGAGAAUGCGAAGAAACUGUCCAUGUAUGGGGUAGACCUCCAUCACGCUAAGGAUUCUGAAGGGAUUGACAUAAUGCUGGGUGUCUGUGCCAAUGGCCUGCUGAUUUACCGUGAUCGGCUGAGGAUCAACCGCUUUGCCUGGCCAAAGAUCCUUAAAAUCUCCUAUAAGAGGAGCAACUUCUACAUCAAGAUACGACCUGGAGAGUACGAGCAGUUUGAAAGCACUAUCGGUUUUAAGCUUCCCAACCACAGAGCUGCCAAGAGGCUGUGGAAGGUCUGCAUUGAGCAUCACACCUUCUUCCGGUUGGUAUCUCCAGAGCCUCCUCCUAAGGGCUUCUUGGUGAUGGGUUCAAAGUUUCGAUAUAGCGGAAGGACACAGGCUCAAACCAGACAGGCCAGCGCUCUUAUAGACCGGCCUGCUCCACACUUUGAGCGAUCCACCAGCAAGAGGUACUUGCUCUCCAGGAGCUUGGAUGGAGCAGAGUUUUCACGGCCGGUAUCAGCCAUGUGUGAGAACCACGAUGGCCUCUCCCACCGCAGCAUCAGUGAACAGCAUCGUCUCCACAGCCCCUCUGUGGAUGAGCAGGAGACAGAGCUGGAGCCGAGUUUGGAGCAGGACGAGGAGGACAAGGACCAAGAGCAGGACUAUGACGGCAAUGUCACUCCAAGCAAAAAGAAAGAAAUCAUGUUUCUGGAUAAGUCGCAGGACGUCUUGCUGAAGCACCAGGCCAGUAUCAACGAGCUGAAGAGAGCCCUGAGGGAGCCCAACAGCAAGCUGAUGAACCGCGAGAAGCGUCUGUCAGCAACCUCCCCAACCGGCACACCAGAGAAAAAGGCUUUGGUGGGCCGAGCGGUGGGAAAGGACCCUGUUAACAACCUUUCUGUUGAGGGUUUCGUCCAGAAGACUCUGGUGACUUCACCUGAGGGCUCUGAGGAGUGGGUAUUGAUUGAAAAACAAGAAACUUAUCAACAGGACCAUGACUGGAAGGCAGAAGAAAAGAACAAAUCUCUCACAUCUGAUUCCUCAUGGGAGAAAAAGGAGCUGGAAAAAGAGAUAGACGUUGCCAAGAUGAUACAUAUUGAGGAGCCUGUCUCUACUCCUUCCAUUUACGAAGCACCGUUUGCUGAUUUCAAGAAGGAGCUCAGUGACAGGAGGCCCCAGCAGAGCGUAGCCUCAGAGGAGGAGCAGGAGAGGGACACCGUGGCCUGCAUGAGGGAAAUCCACUUGGGCAUCGAACGCAAGUGCUCCAGCAUGACGGUCAGCUCCACAUCCAGCCUAGAGGCUGAGGUCGACUUCACUGUCAUCACAGAUCUCCACUCCGGCAUGGAGGACUUCUCUAAAGGCAUGUCGGAGCUGGGAGAGAGGGAUCGACAUCCCGAAGUGGGCCGGGAGGACUUUGAGGAAACCUCCAGGUUCUACUCUGCGCGUCUAAUGGGGUCCCGGGACAAGUCUCCCAUAGAGGAGAAGCUUCCUGAGGAGGGCAUGCAUCAUGAGCCUCCAGUGGCAAAGAGAGACCCCAGUGCUGUGAGUAUGGCCCAAAUGCUCAAGAGGGCCGGCAGCAAGACAGAGACGCAUACGAAUGGAUCAGAAGUCCACCCCAACAUCAUGAAUGUCUCACCACAGAACUACGGAGUCGUCAGCCCGCGAGAGGCUCCUGCUGCCCUUAAAGAAAAUGGCUCCCCUGUAAAAGCCGGCACCCAGGGCAGGGAGUCUGUUGUGUCCCCGCUGACCAUCACCGCUGAGAGUGUCACCUCAGCAACCACAACCCAAGUUACCAAGACUGUGAAAGGAGGCUACUCAGAGACCAGAAUCGAGAAAAGGAUUAUAAUCACAGGAGAUGAUGAUGUGGACCAACAUCAGGCCCUCGCCAUGGCAAUCCAAGAGGCCAAGCAGCAGCAUCCCGACAUGCUGGUGACAAAAGCAGUGGUUAUCAGGGAAACAGAGUCUCCCACUGAGGAGCUGCAGCAGAAAGCAGAGUCCUGAUUGGUCAUGGUGGCUCCUGAGACGGGGGACAGGAGAGGAUCCUCCAGCUGUGUGUCUCCUGCCCCGCCCCGCAGUAUGCCACCAACCUGAUAAGAGGACUCUCUACCCCCACUGUGUACACACCGACACGAGAACAGACUGCGCUCCAUGAAGCAGUAGACCUCCACUUCUGUCCCUUUAGACAAACCAACUGUGACUCUAGCCUCUGACCCGACCCGGCCUCCCGUCCUGUCCCGGCCCAUCCCAGCCCUCCACCUUCCUACGGAACAGGAAACGUCUUCUAUCGGAUGACUUACGUUUGGUUUAUUCAGGUGGAGUUAUGUAAGACUGAAAGUGAAACCCGGUCACAGCUGUUACUCUUUGAAUUUACCUCCGUUAGAGUCAUUUGUCUGAAACUUUACUUGUAUAUUAUUUAACUCAUUUAACACAGUUCGACUCUUUUGAACCCCUGAGUAUCAUUUGAUGCGUUUUUAACCCCAACCCCCCUCCAGGCCC